AUGAAGACGAAGCAAAAAUCGAUGGACAACAAUAGGUCCGGAAGAGGCAGGGACACGCGACACUCUCUACGGAGUACGUGCGCACCUCCGGAAUACUACAGAGUAUGUAUACGUAACUCUUCCCAACAAGUUUCUGGUUCCGAUCUAAUUACGAAGUAA